CAGUGCCGCGGGAGCAGGUUUGCGGCGGGGUCGGUUGCUAGGGGCAGGUUCCGGUUGCUAAGGCAAGUGCACAGCCCGCGAGGCCGCCAAUAUGGUGAAACAGAAGAAAAAAGUGGGGCUCAGCCACGCCGAGUUGAUGAUGAUGACGAUUGCGGACGUCCUCAAACAGCUGAUAGAAGCUCACGAGGAGGGAAAGGACGUCAACCUCAACAAAUUGAAAACAAAGACGUCGUCUAAAUACGGGCUGACCUCACAGCCUCGGCUGGUGGACAUCAUUGCAGCUGUGCCACCCGCGUACAGGAAGGUGCUGCUGCCUAAACUGAAAGCAAAGCCAAUCCGCACAGCCAGUGGGAUUGCUGUGGUCGCCGUGAUGUGUAAACCACAUAGAUGUCCUCACAUCAACUUCACAGGAAACAUAUGCGUUUACUGCCCUGGGGGCCCCGACUCAGACUUUGAAUAUUCUACUCAGUCGUACACCGGCUACGAGCCAACGUCAAUGAGAGCAAUCCGUGCCAGGUACGACCCCUACCUGCAGACAAGGCACCGUGUGGAGCAGCUGAAGCAGUUGGGACACACUGUGGACAAGGUGGAGUUCAUUGUGAUGGGGGGAACCUUCAUGGCUCUGCCGGAGGAUUACAGAGAUUACUUCAUCCGGAACCUGCACGAUGCUCUCUCCGGUCACACCUCCAGCAGUGUGGCCGAGGCCGUCAGAUACUCUGAACGCAGCAAUACCAAGUGUGUUGGCAUCACCAUUGAGACCAGACCUGAUUACUGCCUGAAACGCCACCUCAGUGACAUGCUGGGGUACGGCUGCACACGGCUGGAGAUCGGGGUUCAGAGUGUGUACGAGGACGUGGCCAGAGAUACCAACAGGGGCCACACUGUCAAAGCCGUGUGUGAGUCAUUUCAGUUGGCCAAGGACGCUGGCUUUAAAGUGGUCGCCCACAUGAUGCCUGAUCUGCCAAACGUGGGGCUGGAGAGGGACAUCGAGCAAUUUAUUGAGUUCUUUGAGAACCCUGCAUUCCGCCCUGACGGUAUGAAGCUGUACCCCACGCUGGUGAUCCGGGGUACAGGCCUGUACGAGCUGUGGAAGACAGGCAGAUACAAGAGUUACACUCCCAGUACGCUGGUCGAGUUAGUCGCCAGGAUCCUGGCCCUCGUCCCGCCCUGGACACGAGUGUAUCGAGUGCAGAGAGAUAUCCCAAUGCCCCUCGUCACCUCCGGAGUGGAACAUGGCAAUCUGCGGGAACUGGCACUGGCGAGGAUGAAAGAUUUGGGAACAGAGUGUCGAGACGUCAGGACAAGAGAGGUUGGGAUCCAGGAGAUUCAUCAUAAAGUCAGACCUUACCAGGUGGAGUUGGUGAGAAGGGACUAUGUGGCUAAUGGAGGGUGGGAGAGCUUUUUGUCCUAUGAGGACCCUGAGCAGGACAUCCUGAUUGGCCUCCUCCGCCUUCGUCGCUGCUCCCAGGAGAGCUUCCGGCCGGAGCUGAAGGAGGGCGUGUCCAUCGUGCGGGAGCUGCACGUGUACGGCAGUGUGGUCCCCAUCAACACCCGGGACCCCGGCAAGUUCCAGCACCAGGGCUUUGGCACGCUGCUAAUGGAGGAGGCUGAACGCAUCGCCCGAGACGAGCACGGCUCAGCUAAGAUUGCUGUAAUUUCAGGUGUGGGGACCAGGAAUUACUACAGGAAGUUGGGCUAUGAGCUGGAGGGCCCCUACAUGGUGAAGCGGCUCAACUGAACCACUGGUCCGGAGAAUGUCACCGCGGCCAACACUGACCACCGUGUCUCUGCUUCAGUCUGUGUCAACUCGGCAUCACCACCCAGGCUCCUCUCGCUCCGUCACAGUGGGGAGACUGUCUGUCUGUCUGUCUGUCUGUCUGUCUGUCUGUCUGUCUG